AUGAUGAUACCAGGCGUCCUGGCCCCCCCGGCCCUGUACCCGGGCCUGUACCGGCCCUCCGCGGCGCUGCCCCCCGGGCUGCCGGCCGCCUUCCCCGCGCCCUCCGGCUUCCUGGUGGAGGACCUGCUCCGCAUCGGCCGGCCCGCGGCCUUCCUCACCCGGACGGGGCCCCCGGCCGGCCUGGGCCUGCCCGGCGGGGCCUUCCACGGCGCGGCGGCCGCCCCCCCCCGCGACCCGAGCUUCCUCAAGUUCGGGGUGCGCGCCAUCCUGGCCCCGUCGCCCAGGACCGCCUCCGCGCCCGCCGCCGUGCACAGCCUCCACUCCAAGGGCUUCCCCGUGCCCUGCUUCGACGGGGCGUUCCACCCCAUUUUCCGGACGCCCUUCUUACCAGCGUCCUCUUCCGUCGUGCCCAUCCCCGGGACCUUCUCGUGGCCGCUGGCCGCCAGAGGGAAGCCCCGCAGAGGGAUGCUCCGGAGGGCCGUGUUCUCCGACGUGCAGCGCAAAGCCCUGGAGAGAAUGUUCCAGAAGCAGAAGUACAUCAGCAAGCCCGACCGGAAGAAGCUGGCCUCCAAGCUGGGCCUCAAAGAUUCGCAGGUGAAAAUCUGGUUCCAGAACCGGCGGAUGAAAUGGAGGAACUCAAAGGAGCGCGAGCUGCUGUCCUCCGGCGGCUGCCGCGAGCAGACGCUGCCCACCAAAGCCAACCCCCACCCGGACCUCAGCGACGUGGGCAAGAAGUCCUCCGCCGAGGAAGAGGAGGAGGAAGAGGAGUUCGGAGGAGUUGGGAUGAGGGCGCCGGGCUCCUGCAUCUCCUCCCCUUCUCUCUCCAGCAAGCAUUCGGACUUCUCAGAGUCAGAGGAAGAAGAAAUCACAGUAUCUUAAUUUAUUAUUUUUUAAGAAUGAAAGUAUUUACUUAAAACCCACCAUUUGUUUUGAAGGAAAACUGUGAGCAGGUUUGUAAGAAGCUGCUUAAGUGUCGCUGUUUGUAGCUUCGGGGUGCGCAUGCGCCCGGACAGGACCUGCCUCCGGUCUGCUGUUUUGCACAGCUUUGCUCAAAUGUACAGUAUUUUGUACAAUUUUGUAUGGAAAUUCUAAGCCAAGAAUGAGUUACUUUUCCCUCGACGUUCAAUAGAGUUGUUUAUUGAAAAUUGUAGCUAUUUCCCUAAUAAUUUAUAUGAAUUUGUUUAAUAAGUAUGUUGUAUUAUGUGAUGUAUAUAUGUUUAUUUCACACUUUUUGUACAAACACCAAAUAAAAUUGUAAA